UCCAGCCCGUGUCACCACCACCUCCUCUUCCCCUUCCUCUCUCUCUCUCUCUCCCGCUGCUGCUGCUGUUCCCUUCUUCCUCCCUGGCCUCGGUCCCUUCAGGGUGCAUCUGCAUGCAUAGAUGGAUGAUGGACGGAAAAGAUGGAUUUGUUUGCCCUCUAGCUAGCUCUCCAUGCCAAAACAUUCCCCACUUUGUGCCAAAACUGUUGUUGCGGUUGGUAUGGUUUAGUGCAUUUUUACCACUCUCUUGUAAUGAUCUAGCUUAAUUAGCUCUACCAAGCAAUACAAUCGCCACCACACCACCGUCUCCUCCUCCCAUCCCCCAAGAAACCCUUUUCCUAGCUCUAAAAAAAGAGCCCACCAAACCCUGCGAGCCCCCAACCAAGCUCGGUAGCCGAAGCCAUGGAGUACAAGAGAUCAUCGCAUGUGGAGGAUGAAGACGAGGAUGAGCUGGAGGAGGAGGAGGAAGAAGACGAGGAAGAGGAGGAGGACGAGGAUGAGGAGGCCAGAAGCCAUCGCUACACCACGGCGGCGGCGGCACCCUUAGGCACUCCACAGCAGCAGGAGGUGCAAGCCCAAGCUCUUGGGCUCGGCUCGCACGCCUCCCUGAUGGACUCCGCCGCCUUCUCGAGGCCGCUCUUGCCUCCCAACUCAUCUCUGGUGACGCAGCCACCGCUGCCUCCACCAGGCUUCCUGCCGGCUCACCGCCAGCCGCCGCAGCUCCAUCCGAGGAAAGCGGAGAGGGAGAGGGAGAGGGACAGAGCCGCGGGAGCGCAGCAGCCCCAGCUCCGGCGCCACCAAGAACCAGUGAGGAAUAAUAAUGGCGUUCUCGGCGGCGGCGGUGGCGCCGCGCCCCCAUCGGCGGCCUCUUCUACGUUCGGCCUCGCGUCCGUGCGGCCCGUGGUGGAGGCACCCCAGUGGCGGUACCGUGAGUGCCUGCGCAACCACGCGGCGCGGCUUGGCGCGCACGUGCUCGACGGCUGCUGCGAGUUCAUGCCGUCCGGGAGCGACGGGGCCGCCGCGCUGGCCUGCGCCGCCUGCGGCUGCCACCGCAGCUUCCACCGACGCGAGGCGAUCCCCGGCGGCGUUGCCGCCGCGGCGGCGGUGGUAUCGCCCUCGGCGGUGCCGGUGGUGACCCCCACAGCCCGCGCCAGCGCCAACUCGUCCCGUGUCAUGCCGCUGCUCAUGGCCCCGCCGCACAUGCAUACGCGCCCGCCGCACGUCCCGGCGUCCCCGGCGUCCGCGCCCGCCGCGCUGACCGAGUCGUCGAGCGAGGAGCUGCGAGGCCACGCGCCCGCGCACCCGGCCGCGCCGCCGCCGCCGCCGCCACACGCGCAGGUGGUGGCCCUAGCGGGGUCGGCUUCCGCUCCCCCGGCGCCGAGCAAGAAGCGUUUCCGGACCAAGUUCACGGCGGAGCAGAAGGACCGCAUGCGCGAGUUCGCGCACCGCGUCGGCUGGCGCAUCCACAAGCCCGACGCCGACGCCGUGGACGUCUUCUGCGCCCAGGUCGGCGUCUCCCGGCGCGUCCUCAAGGUGUGGAUGCACAACAACAAGCACCUCGCCAAGGUCCCGCCCUCGCCCCCAUCCUCCCAGGCCCAGGCCCAGGCCCAGCCCCCGCCGCCGCCGCAGCAGCAUCGCCACCACAACCACCACCCACCUCCACCUCCGCCGCACCACAUCCACCAUCACCACCACCCGCCGCCGCCGCCGCAGCAGGAGCAGCAGCAUGAUAUGCAUGAGUGAGUACCGAGUAGUCGCAGAGUAAUGCGGGAGGAUCAGACGAUGUCAUUAGCUUAUUAGCUCCUUUCUUUAUCCUUCUUCCUCCCUUGUAAUUUCAGUGACAUCCCGGUUGUUAAGAAGUUGACUCAUCAUGCAGCAGAAGUUAGGAGGGAUUAAUAUGAUUAUGUGACCUAAUCUCA